CGCGAGGAGGAGUCGAGACCCAGCGACACCCCCCUCCCCCGCGGCUUCUCUCCUUCCGACUCGACUCCCCGGCCGGCGCUGCUGCCUCCCCGGGACCAGCCGGGCAGAGCGCGGGCGGCUCCCUUCCUCCUCCUCCGCUCCCUCCUCCUCCUCCGCCCCCCUUCCCCUCCCUAGGCCGGCGGGACGCGGGCAGGAGCCGCGGGCGACGGACGUACCGGCCCGGUUAAUGAGCAGCGGCCGGAAGGGCAGAAGGCAUAUGAAAUCUGCAACACCUCUCCUGCAUUAAUGAGGGUGCAGCACAGGACAAUAAUGAAUUUACAUGUUUGACAGCAGAAGUUGGAUUUCUACUGCAGUGAGAGAAAAUAUUUCUGGUUGUUUCAGAGGUGGCAGUGAAGCACGCCUUUAGCACAGGAAAAUGAGUGAGCUUGACCAGUUACGCCAGGAGGCUGAACAACUGAAAAACCAAAUCAGAGAUGCUAGGAAAGCAUGUGCGGAUGCCACCCUGGCUCAGAUCACAGCCAAUAUUGACCCAGUGGGGAGAAUUCAAAUGCGCACUAGAAGAACACUCCGGGGACACCUGGCUAAAAUUUAUGCAAUGCACUGGGGAACUGAUUCCAGGCUUCUAGUUAGUGCCUCCCAGGAUGGCAAACUUAUAAUUUGGGACAGCUAUACUACAAACAAGGUGCAUGCUAUUCCCCUGCGUUCAUCUUGGGUCAUGACUUGUGCAUAUGCUCCUUCUGGAAAUUAUGUGGCUUGUGGUGGUCUUGAUAACAUCUGUUCCAUUUAUAACUUGAAAACUCGUGAAGGGAAUGUACGUGUCAGCCGUGAACUAGCUGGUCACACAGGAUACUUGUCAUGCUGUCGUUUCUUGGAUGAUAAUCAAAUCGUUACCAGCUCUGGCGACACCACUUGUGCUCUCUGGGACAUAGAAACUGGUCAGCAGACAACUACAUUUACCGGGCACACUGGAGAUGUCAUGAGUUUGUCUCUUGCUCCUGAUGCCCGGUGUUUUGUUUCUGGUGCCUGUGAUGCCUCUGCCAAACUGUGGGAUGUUAGAGAAGGAAUGUGUCGGCAAACCUUCACUGGCCAUGAGUCGGACAUCAAUGCCAUCUGUUUCUUCCCAAAUGGCAAUGCGUUUGCCACAGGCUCGGAUGAUGCUACGUGCAGGCUUUUUGAUCUUCGGGCUGAUCAGGAACUUAUGGUUUAUUCACACGAUAACAUCAUCUGUGGCAUCACCUCUGUAGCAUUUUCCAAGAGUGGACGUCUCCUCUUAGCUGGUUAUGAUGACUUCAACUGCAAUGUCUGGGACACACUGAAAGCUGAUAGAGCAGGUGUCCUUGCUGGUCAUGAUAACCGUGUCAGUUGCUUAGGUGUGACUGAUGAUGGUAUGGCAGUGGCAACAGGAUCAUGGGACAGCUUCCUCAAGAUCUGGAACUGAAGUAGAAAAGCGGCGGACUCCAUGACUGGAAGAAGUUUCCAACGGUUGAAAAUUAAAAAUGAUAGCAUA